CAUCUUCCAUGUUACCGGUCUCCUACACAACCGAACCCCCAUGCAAUAACCCGCAUUAUCAUACAUAAGGACGUAUGGGUAGAAGUACUACUGAUGGGAACCCGAUCGAUUCACGGUGGGCGCGUGAAGAGAGCUGACACUGUUGGAAUUAGCGCCACCAUGCAUGAGCAUGGCUCUGGUUGGCUAGUGGAGGAGAGACACGUCAAUCAAACCCGGCAAAGGUGCUGAACUCGAAGACGAGGUUUCCGCGUCCUCCAUCUCUUCUCCCACUUUUUCUUAUCUUGAUCGCGCGGGAGAUUUUACGUCUGACCAUGGGCCUAAGAAGUAAAAUCAAGGCGAAAAUUCGGCCCAAACAAGUGGCCUCCAAGCGGCAAGAUGAGGAUCAAUCGCGUCCCCAGCUGCCGGAACGGGAAACGCGUGCCAAAGCCCCCUUUGUGUCUGAAGAUCUUUGGGCAAAAGCAGAAGGGCGCCUGAAAGAAGACGAAAAAAUGAGAAAAAUACUGGCUGCAUCUCAAACAAUCCUCGAAACAGAUUUCGGACUGGAUAUCCAGCCAGGGAGCACCAUCGGCCUUGAAGGGCUCUGCGAAUUUCUAGAUGCCAAAACUCAUCAUCUGGAGGAAAGGAAGUGGGUAAUCCAGCUAGGGGGUCACAGCCUCCAGGUCCGAGACCAACUUACCAGGGUCUUUCGGAAUGUUUUGACAUUCAAAGAUAUCAUUAGUACAGCAGCCAGCCUAAGUCCUCCUGCUGCAAUCGCCUGUGCGGGACUCACCGUGGUUCUCCAGCUCCUCGUGCAAGCAGCCGAACAGCAUGAAACCCUCUUACAGGGACUCGAGGAGAUCUCCGCUUUGAUCCCUCUUCUUCGAGAAAGGGAAUGUCUUUAUUUACAGCGCGACGAAAGCCAAAACAAGCUCUUCAUUGAAAAUUUCCAGGGAGUUAUAGUUAUAUUGUACUCCAAGAUACUGGAAUUCCAAGCUCGGGCUCUUUGCUAUCUACAAAAGCACCCAGUUUCUCAGCUGCUUGCAGAUAUGUUCAAACAGAAUGCCUGGGAUGGACUGCUGGCAGAUACCACUCGCCUUGAAAACUCCAUAAAAAGCUUCACGGACAUAAAACGCGAUACGGAGAUCAGAAUCAGGCUUGAGCAGAUGCACAACACUUUGAAAACAGUUAAUGCGUGGCAGACAACAUCGCCCCGAGAAGAGAAGAUCAGAAAAUUCUUAAAGCUCCUUUACACUUGCCCUUAUGGGGACCGCAAAGACCGAAACAGCAAGCGUGUGCCGGGCACAUUCGAAUCAUUUAGCGACCUCUGGAGCAUAUUCAUUUAUGUAACAUGCACGCGUGAUGCUGGGGAGGUUCUUUGUGUGUUCGAUGCAUUGGAUGAGUGUCAGGAUGAAGACCGAACGCGCCUCAUUGAAGCCGUGGAAAAACUCUACAAUGGUGACCGAGCUCAACAGAAUCUAAAGGUACUAAUGACAAGUAGACCUUAUGACCAUAUCCGGCGCGAAUUCCGGGCACUGGAGGACCGAUUUCCCACGAUUCACUUGAGUGGGGAAGGUGAGGUUGAGGUGGAAAAGAUCUCGCGAGAAAUAGAUCUGGUGAUCGGCGAACGAGUAAGGAGAAUUGGCCAUCAAAACGACCUACGUCAAGACGAAUGCAUGUACUUGGAGAAGCAACUUACGUCGGAAAGCAUUGAAAAUCGAACAUAUCUAUGGGUCAGCUUGACCUUGGAUGUGAUUGAGCGAAUGCCAGGGUUCACCAAAGGAAAUAUUCACCGUGCAAUUCAUGGUGUCCCAAAAUCUGUUGAUGAUGCUUACACCCGAAUUCUGGAUCGCAGUCCUGAUCAUGAUAAGGCUAAGACACUAUUAGAUAUUGCCUUAGCCGCAGAGCGACCCCUUUCUCUUGAUGAAUUAUCUGUGGCUUUGGCCUUCGGCGCAGAAAGGACCAAAGAUAUAGACAUCAAUGACGAAAUUUACACAGACAAUGAACGCUUUCAAAGAACUGUCAGAGAUCUAUGUGGUCUGAUGCUGGUCAUCAUAGACACCAAAGUUUACUUGCUACAUCAAACGGUUAAAGAAUUCCUGGUUCCCAACUGUCCUCUUCGGCCGGAUAAAUGGAAACAUUCCUUGCGGCCAACCGACUCACAUUUAGUUCUCGCCAGAGCAUGCGCAUCAUACUUGAUCUAUGGGAUUGGUUGGAAAUAUUUUAUCGAUUAUGCAGCACGGUUCUGGCCCUCCCACUUCCGAAAGGCACGACUGCAGGGUGAUCACGAAUUAGCAACUCUCGGGUAUGCUCUCUGCCAAACUGAAGCGGCGCCGUAUUCUUUUUGGUCCAGCAUAUACAUCGAGGACCACCGUAUGCUUCCUGAAAAUAGCACUUCUAUCGCAAUAGCCUCAGCUUUGGGUAUUGCGGCUGUGGUUCAGCUGAGCUUUGCCGCUGAGCCGAUGAACGUGGAUUUCAAGGAUGCCGAUGGUCGUACACCACUAUCUUUGGCUGCUCGUGAUGGCCAUGAAGCAGUGGUAAACCUACUUCUAGCUACUGGGCAGGUAGAUGUGGAUUUCAAGGACUCGGAUGGCACAACACCACUAUCUUUGGCUGCUGAACGUGGCCAUGAAGCAGUGGUAAACCUACUUCUAGCUACUGGGCAGGUAGAUGUGGACUCCAAGGACAGAUGGGGAUGAACACCUCUAGCAUUGGCUGCUGAAUAUGGUUAUGAUGAAAUAGUCAAGCUACUUCAAGCAACCGGACAACUGAAUGAGAUCUCCGAGGAAGAACCCUAAGAGACAUUCAACUGAUGCCCACACUGCGCAUUACUGCAUCCCACGGCCUGCAAGCUCACCAAAGCCAACCAGACACAGCAGAGAAGCCAGUCUUCCUCUACAUCCCGAAAUACCAGCAAGAAGUUCCUCCCAAUCUCACUCAUCCUGUUUCCCAUUCACAAAAACCC